AUGCUGUCACGGCCUGCUGCUGAGCGGUACGGCACCUCCGACCACCUUGCGUUAGCCAAAUCCGAUGCGAUCGAAGCACUUCGAAAGACCAACGGACCGACUCAGCUGGCUGCGUGGCUCGAUCACUACGCCACACUUCCAGCGGCAACAGGCGCAAGCGUCGCUUCCACAACGCAGCUCGAGAAGACUGCUGCGGGAUUGCGCGAGCUCUCGCUUUCCUUGUCGUCCGUCCGAGAUGCGUCCCGCACCGAGCUCGAUCAGAUCAUCUCCUCGCUCGUCUCCACCAUCCCCAAACUCGGCAUCGAGCUCAGGCUCAUGUCCGAGACCGCCAACACGCUACAGUCCCGUGUUCAGACGCUCCAAGCUCAAAGCGCUACCAAGGAUGCAGAUGUCGACGUCACACUGGCCAAAAUCGUGACCCUGUACAAAGCCAAAGCUGGUCUCAUUGAGGCACGCCAUGCACUCCGAGAAGCGCAAGCGUGGUCGACGCUCGAAAGCCAAGUCACCGUGCUCGUCAACGAGCAAAGAUGGCAGGAGGCCGUCGACAGGAUAGCAAAAGCAACCGACUCCUUACGUCUCUUCAGCGGGUCAGCAAAGUCGAACCAGGAAAGGAGCGAGCUACUUCACACUCUGACGCAGAGGAUACAGGAGCAGCUGACUCCCAUCCUGCGUGACGCCGUCACAGCCCGUAAUGCAGAACAAGUAGCGCGCAUGGCCAAGCUGCUCACACAGACGCAGAAUGGAGUACCUACCUUCUUCCAGGUCUACACCAGAACUCGCUCACAAGCACUGCUCACAAGAUGGUCCCAAACAGCUACAGAGACGAGCGACAGGCCGCUUCCAGCCCAACUCACCUCGCUCCUUGGCGACUUACUUGCUCUGCUCGGCGAGGAGCGUGUCGCUUCGACUUCGCUCUUCACAGAUCCCAACAAAGCCGUUCAGCUUCUCACAGCCGAUAUCCUUGUCCGACUUGACCCGCCCAUCCAUGCAUGCAUCCAACACGCAACACGCGCACCUGAUCUCGAGAUCUUCCUGGCUGCUCUGACAGAUGCGUACAAGGCCACCGAGGAAGCCGCGCGCGCCAUCAAUGCCAUCUUGCCGGACGCCAAGAACUCCGACGACAAGCAGCAGAACGACGACACCGAGGCUGCAUCCGCGCCUGUCGACAGCAAUCUCCUUGCCCUCGAAACAAGCGACAAGCCAUGGCUCAGGCUCUUGAUCGAGCCAUUCCUCCCGUACCAAACGCGCCUCGCUACCUUUGAAGCCGAUGCCAUGCAAUCUCGCCUGCAUCUCCUCCACGCUGCUGCACCAGCUGCCAACGUUUCAACCGCGUCGACACAGGCACUUACAGUUGCGAAGACUUCGCUUCGACGCUCGACGGCACUCACAAAAGCGUUUGCCACGCCGUCUCUUCUCUCGUCGCUUGACAGUCUUUUCCAGACUGCUAUGGACGGCGCGCGGGUCGAACUUAGCUCUGAGCUUCAGAGCGUGCUCACGAGCCUGCAGGGCCGAAUCCGCAGGAUGCAUGCGUCCGACAUUGCAAGGCAGGCUGCCCUGACCUAUGACGAGAGGGGCGAGGUACUCACAUCGAGCGAUUGGGACGAGUUUCGCAAAGCGACAGAAAGGCUUUCGUCCUGCCGAGAGGCAGUCGCUGCGAUACGAGGCUUGGAGGACACGAUUGCGUAUCAGAUCUCUGAGCUUGGUGUCCUUGCAAAAGCACCAGCGUCAGCAGAGCCGUAUCAGAGCGCGGUCGACUUUGCGAGCCCGACAACAGCGUUGGCGACAUCAACACUGAAUUCGACGGUCCUGCACGAGCUCAUCGCAAGAUCCAAGCGCUUCCUCUCCACUGCUGCGUGGAAGUCCUCUCAGGCGGAAGACGCUCUGCUGCCGACCGCUCACGCCUCGGUUCUAUCGAUCGCGUCGACGGUGCAAGCCUUCCAACACGACCUCGUCCUCUCGCAAUUCUUGCCUGAGCUCGAGCUCUACCCCUCAUUGCCUAUCUGGACGUCGAACAAACAUCCCAGCAUUGUGAACGAGUACGAUCUCGCCAUGCCCAAGUUCAGCCUCAGUCCCACCGAAGCGAUGGCGAGGAUAGGCGAGGCAAUGCUCAACUUGCCCAGGCUGUUCGAAGGGUAUGCAGAUGAAGCGCUGCUGUUCUGUCUUCCCACGAACAAGGUGGAUACCAGCAGAGCUACGACCCCAGGCGCAGACAGAGGAGAGUCUACACAAACUCACACCCAACAGUCGACCAUGGUGCCCUCAGCAGAGAUCACCGCGGCCGAGCGAUCAACCAUGCACCGUCAAGCCUUCUCAACGACGACAAUCCCACGCUCCGAAUCCUCGACCAGCAACGCCACCCCGGAAGACGGCGACGACAACGCCGGCGUGCUCUCGCAGUACCUCCGCUCGCUGCUCACCCUCUUCUUCAGCCGCUUCCUCACCUCGGUCCUGCCGUCUCUGCCCAGGCUUACCGAGAUCGGAGCAGCCCAGCUUGCCGCCGACCUCGACUACCUCAGCAACAUCUCGUCGGUCAUUUACUCGGAGAGCGAGGCCAUCCUGCGGUUCUGGAAGAAGGCCGCUGAGAUCGGCGCUGAUACGGGAAGGUCGGUGGUCGCACAGCAUGUGGUGGGAGUCAAGGGCGACCGUUCCGCGCCUCAGGGCGAGGGUGAUUUGGAGGGUUGGGAGGAGGGCGAGGUGGCAAGGUUGGCAAGGUCGGAUGCGUUUAGGACCGUGGCGAGGUUGAGAGGAUGGUUGUGA